GAGAAAACACAGUGAAGAAAUCAUCUGUAAUUAUUCAGAAUUUAAUAAUCUAAUGUGUUAUAGAAACGAGUGUGUUAUUCUCAUCUACCUGAGCCAUACAGCAUAGCGAGCAGUAUAGACGAGAUCCACGCGGUGUCACUGUACCCAACAUCAAACUCUCGGAUCAGCUCCUUGAAGAAGACACUGACGGCUUUUGGGAAAGCGUAAGAGAAGCCAGUAAUGACGAAGCCGCCGACCAACACCGCCCAACCCCAGCCACCGUCCGGUGCCUUCACUCCAGGAGGGGCGUCGUCAACUACUGCUCCUCCCAUGAUGUUCUUGGCUGGUACUGCACUGUAGUCAGUGGCUAAAAACACAAGUAAAAAUGCAAACCUUAACCUUUAAUAUGUCAUUUCACUGUAGUUUACACUGUUUUUGUUUCAUUUUGUAUUAAAAGGCAUAAAUGUAAAUGUAAAACCAAUGCAGUCAAACAUUGUACUUUUAACACAGUAUGCUGAUGAUAUAAUAUUCUACAUGACAGGAUCAUCACAGAAUUAAGGACUCUUUAAUUUGUUAUUCCAACUUAAACAUAAAAGAAUCUUUUUUAUGCCAAGUAAAGUUAGGAUAAUUCCUACUUUAAAUCUAUAUCCCAAUAAUCUACAACAAGAAGUUGAGACACUGUGUAGGAUAUUAAUGAACGCAAACAUCAGAUAUUUUCUGACUCAUUAAAACCCAACCUUCAAUUUAAAAUAGUGAAAAGAAAAUAUAAAAUAUUGAAAAAGACAUAUAUGAAAAUACAUACUCAACUUUAUUAUGAGGCCAGUAAUAUGUAUUUAAAGACAAAAAACACCAAAAAGUUGUGAAAACACCUGAAAACAUCACCUGACUUGAUAAGUUACAUGACUGGGUAUUAAAAAAAAGACACUCCAAAGAGGCUGAAUCUCUCAAAAGUAAAAAAGGGAAGGGGUUCAUCCGUUAAGAGACAGUUUGAGCAAAUAGUUUAACAAAUUCAGAAUAAUGUUACUCAGCAUUAACUUUUAAAUAACUGAGGGAGAGUACAUAAUACCGUUUAAGACAGAAAUCUGGAAAAAUCAAUGUAUAAGGCCAAAAACUAGUACUGGAUGGAUGUGAUCUUUAGGCCUUCGGGUGGUAACAACUGUAACAUGCAAAGAGAAAAUCAUCUUCUACUUAAACAGGAUCCUACAACUUCUCUGGGCCUGAGCCAAAGAUCCACUGAGAUGAGAUGUAAAACUGCCACGCGGUCUGAAUAAAAAGAUUUGACAUUCAGAGAAGAGGACUACUCGACUUGUUAUCAGUGCACAGUUAAAAAAGCCAGCGUCCAUGAUGGUGUGAAAAUGCAAAAGCACCUAUGGCAUAGAUAGCUUACUUAUUGGUUUGUUGUCUUUGCACUAUUUUCAAUUAGAUAUGAUUUAAGGUGAUUUUUGAACCAUCAAAAAAAAAUUUAAUUAAAAUUAAAAGCCUACCAACUUUUUGUUGUAUAGAAACCGCACCAUGAAGAUCUUGGUGUUUUAAUGCUCUCUGACCUCCACUUAAACAGUCAACAUAAAGACAAUUACAAAAUAAGCUUACUACCACCUUCCUUUAUGCCUUUGUUUAGGCAACCUAAACUGUUGUUCUGGACAGCUGCUGCUGCCAGAGUCCUCAACAACACCCAGAAAGUGGAGCACUUUGUACCGAGCCUUAAAUCUGCCAGUGCAUCCUGUGAGUCAGAGAAUAGGUUUGAAAAUCCUAUUACUCGACUAUAAAGAACUAAUUGGUCCUGGGCCUGAAUACAUGUCUGAUUUACUUGUGCACUGUGAAGCAUCCUGACACCUUAGAUUUUACUACAGCUUCUCAAUAAUUUCAUUUUAUGUAUUUUAAUCCAUUUUAGCUUUCUUUUGCCUUUUCGUGUCUUGUUUUAACACAUUACUGCUGCUAAGACAUUUUGAAUUACCUAUCUCAAUUGAAUUUACAGCGUGACUGGCUCCAUUUCAAGCAUGUGUGUAUUGUGUUUAUUUUGGUGGUGGGUAUAAAUAUGGGACCAUGGUAUCUGUUGUGGGCGAUUUAUCGUUGACAGGCUGAGAGGACAGAUAAAGCUCCCUUCUUGGCCAACGCACAUAAAUUCAAACACACCCUGUCAUUUCCUGCUCGACCUUUUAUUGCUGCUGUUUCCUCACAGUUCAGUCUCUGAUGCACUUGGGUACAUUUUCCUUUCGAAACACAGUGUCACCUCUGUACAGGAAAAAUGUACCUUUUUCUUGCGUGAGUGUUAAAUCUAGCUUCCGCUAAUCUUAUGAGUGAAUCAUUACAUCAAGUCAGGCUGGAAUAUCUCAUGUGAAUGACUUCUUGUGCUCUGUUUUUAGCUGCUUUUCUUCUAUAACAGGUCCCAGGGCUUCAGGGCUCUUAGUUCCUCUUCCUUCCUAUAACUCGAGCUUUUACCAGCCUCUGAUUGAACUCAGCUUGCCUUGCUGUGCACACAUCAUAAUACACAAUAUUCCAUAUUAAGAACCUCCCGAAGUGAAGUCUUUAAAUGCCAUACACAUUAUCUCAUCAUCAAUAAUUUCAUAUAGCAGGUUUCAUGUUUCUUAUAUUGUAGACGGUCUAUGUAUGCUGACUCAGCCAAACUUUUGAUUGGUUUAGACACCUGCAAAGAGGUGGAGUUGAGAUGGACUUUUAGCCUCCAAGCAAACACUCAUUUGUUUAUCAACUUAGCUGUCAUAUCCUCAUCUAACGCUGCAUUUCUACCAAGUAGUCUGAUUCAGUUUAGUUCAGCACAAUUAUUUGCGUUUCCCCUAUUAAAAGAUGGGAAAGUUACCAACAUGAGUGACUAGGGCUGGGCGAUACGGCCUCGAAUCAACAUCACGAUAUAUUGAGCAGUUCACCUUGAUAACGAUAAAUGGGCGAUAACUACUCCACAAGCUGCUCACCCCCUCCCACAUUAACUUUGUCUACUUUAACCACCGCUCCACUUGCUACAACUUUUGAACCGUCCUCCAUCUCCUCACCUGUCUUUCCCUCUUUGUUACAGACUGGAUGGAGUGGAGUCACGUCUCUGAUGUAGGACAGCAUCUUAAAGGGACAUGAGACCAUCGCCUACCUACACACAUCCAAAACCAACUUUUAUUUAUUUUUUUGACACCGAAUAUAUUGAUGAAAUUUUUCAAUUUAUCGUCCAGCCCUAUGAGUGACUGACCCUUUUCAAAAUGUCAACUACUGUUUGUUGAUUAUAAAAAUUCCCCAUCUUCCUGUACAAUAGCGGUAAUGACGGACAAACGCAAAACACAACACAGAUUUAAUGUUUUAGAAUGACAGCUCAAAGCGCUGCCCUCCUGGAUGACUUUGAAAGUACAGACUUUCCUGGGGAUCACUGAUGAAAAGGGGGCUUAGAGGGAACUGGCUGGCACUGUUAGGAAGAAAGUGUUCCAGUCAUGUCACACUAUUACAUUGUUAAUGCAGAUACUCCUCUACACAUCAAAUGUGAAGGAAGGGUACUGUGGGCUAUGUACAGGCAAGCAAGAUCAAGGUUUUCUGCACCAAAAAGCGCCACUCUGUGCUGAGUCAGCUUGUCACUCGGUGAAAUCGCAAAAACCAUUGUUUCUACAAAAAAUGUCUAUUUCUGCUGUAAAAACCAACGUUUGAAUGUGGGGACCAAUGGGAACUCCUUGGCUUUUGCAGCAGCCUCCAGUGGACGCUUGAUGAACUGCAGGUUUUUCCCAUGUGUAUUUUAAUCAGUGCAGGUUGCUUUUUACUGUUCAUCUGUCACCUACUCAGCAGCAUUUACAGGCACAGAAAAUAGCAAUGGGUGAAAUAUCAGUCUUGAUGUUGAUAGUCGUGUCUUUUUUAAAAUUAAUUUUAAUCUGUUUUACAACCAUCUUUAAAAAAAAACUCCAUAUAUGAGCUUUAAGUGCCUUUAAAUUUUGCUUGUUAAUCAUUUGAGUUGUACUCAAUUGUAUCUUUACUUUAUUAUGGACUCAAGGCCCAUUUAAAAGACUACAAAAUGCAUAGAAUUACAGCACAUUAUAUAUAGAAAACACAAUAAAUCUACUAAGGCUGAAUUAGAGUCUAUAAUUUAAAUACUAUAAAGAAAUAACAAUUAAAACACAACCUUAAAAAAGGAGCUGUUGCCCCAAUUUCUCCAUAGCUGUUACUUGUAUUAUACAGUUGUGUAUCUGAUAUUAGACAGGACCAAGAUGAUCUUAUUCUCAUGAGCAUUCAGUCAGCUAAUGAAAUUAUGUCCUAGAUUUCUCAAGAUAGCUUCUAGAUAACCGACUCUAGCUGUUACAAACAUUUUACUUGCACUGCAGCACUCAGGUCUCUUCAAUCAUAUUCAAUUCAAUAAUGACAUUAUCGCCUUAUUCUUAUGGUUCGUCCACAAUUGUGCAGUAAACGGAGGUGUUGGAUAAGCUCUAAACAAAGCUAUCUCCAUUGCAUCUGACACAAACUAAAGCUGCUUUGCUUUAUUCACAAUACCUUAGGUGUUAAAGAGUAAGCAGCAACUAAAAUUGUACACCUUGAUCAGAGUCUGUAUAGCAUCCUCUGUAAAAUACCGUCUGUCGUGCCACAUCAUUUUGAAAGAUGUGAUCAUUUGGAUGAUGAGGAGAGAUGAGGGGUUGUAGAGGCGGUUUAGUAUUGGAAACAUGUUCUUCAUGAUAGAUUACAUCAAUUAAAAAUCUAUAUACUCUUGUCUGUAACCCCACUUCACAAUGAUAGAGUACUGCUAUUAGCAAAACAGACAGAAAACACAAUUUCUACAACAAUAUUUUGGUUAGUUCUGAUACUAGGCAGCACUACUUUAGUGAGUGAUUUGCUCUCUAUCUUCAUACACAAUAGAAACAAGUAAGUUUCUACUCUUCUGAUUAUAUUCAGUAUCUCUAAGUCUCCACAACAUAAAACCCAAAGACAGUCUGGCACUAAAAUUACACAGAAGCCAGACAUAACAUACCAAACAGUUCAUUAAGUAAAUCCUCCCUCCCAGCCACUCUUUAAGUUAUUGGUUCAUAACUCAAACCACUCCCUUGAAGUGGACAUACUGGAGGAUUUACAGUGUAUCCUGCAUCCUGUAACCAAAGCUCAACAGAACCAUAGUUUAUAUUUUUCUAAUUUAACACACUCUGGUAAUAUUCCCAAAAAAAGACACACUUAUGGAUUUUCAAUCAAAGGAAGCCUAUACUUCAUAACCAUUAAUCCUAGAACACUAUCGCUGGGUGAUUUUCACCCAACCAAACAUGUUUACGUGAUUUUCAUUAUGUUGUGUUUGUCUGAGUAUCAUGGGUGCCUGAGUGAUUUUCACCCUGCAAUAGUGAUAGAGGGUAAAGUAGGUUUGGGUGGAUUAGAUAGCUGCAUGUUGGGAAUAAGGUCCGUAAGAGUGGUCUUGGAAUUCGCAUGCUAUCUUUAUUUUGCGCAGUGGUUAUGAAUAACUAUCACACAGUAGUGAUUUCAAGGGAAUUCCCAUGGUGAUAAGAAAUAUUUUAGCCAGCUGGUCAUUUUUACUCACUCAAAAUAUGCCAUAUUUUGGUUCUCUCUCCUGCAGCUGUUAUUGUGCCAAGGACUCUGAUUCUUCACCAGGGAAGACUCACAUGCCCCAGGAAUGGGUGAAAAAUAAAUAAGGUUUACAGUUUCUAUACAUAUUUUUUUAGGAUUUUUUUGUUAAUGAAUGCCUAAUUUCAGUUAUUUUGUUGCAUUUUUUUAUAUGGUCCUCUCAUUCUACACAUGGCACUUUUUUCUCCCUCUAGACAUUGCACAGUUACAAACACAAGAAACUACUUUAAAUUGUCAUGUAUUAUCCUAUUUUGAUAUAUUGUGAGUACUUUUUCUUGGGUAUAUUAUUUCGGGUCAAAAUCACCCGGCGAUAGUGAUGGUGUUACUAAUUUUAGCAAUAGUGUUCUAGGGUUAAGUAAAUCCUCCCUCCCAGCCACUCUGUAAGCUACUGAUUAAAUAACUCUGGUAAUAUUCCCAGUAAGAGGCACACUUAUGGAUUUUAAAUCAGCGGAAGCCUAAACUUCAUAUCCAAGAAUGAAAGGAUUUCCUCUUGCAUCUGCUCUGUUUUGUCGCAGUCAUCUAACCUUUGUUGUAUACAAGGGUAGGGAAGAGUGUGGUAAGUUGAGCCAAAGGGUAAGAUGAGUCACCCCCUGUUGCUCGGAAAUGGUAAAAAUAAUUGAUCAUGUGACCAAAUAUUUAGGAGAUGGGCAUCAAUUCAUGGGGUUUGUGAAGGUUAGAAGCACGUUGGUAAAGAGGUUAGACAUUUAUUUCCAAAAAAAUAAAACAUUUUCACUCUUAAAAGUGAAUUUAGUCUGUCAUAAGAAUUGUAUUCAGACCAAAAAAAGAUCAUUUUAAAUUUGUUUUAUACAUCAAUUGUGGUAUCUAUGAGCUACACCAUGAGGUCAAAAACCUAGCAUGAAAGUCCACCAUUUUAGUUUAGAGGACUAAUACAUUCAGAAUAGUAGUUCUAGGGUAAAGAAGUCUGAUGAGAGGAUCAGAAUAUAAAAAUACACAUGAAUGUAAAGAAGUGACUUUUAUUUAGGGAGAGAGAAGGUGAGGGAGGGCUGGGGUGGAGAGUGGGGGCGUAGUAGAGAUACGGCUCAACUUACCCCGACCACUUUUUUGGCAUGCUAUAUUAUCAAGACAGUUAUGUUUACACUCAUUCUGUUGGUUUGCAGGGAUGCACAACAUUUUGAAAUAUAUACAGAAACACUAGUUAGAGACAAAACUACGAUUGCCUUGAUUCAGUGAUCCGAAAUAUGAAAAGUGGCUCAUCUUACCCCACCCUCCCCUACUGGAGGAUUUACAGUGCAAAGUUAUCUUGAAUCCUGUAACCAAAGCUUUACAGUUUAUGGUUUGCUAACUCAACACUCUCUGGUAAUAUUCCCAAUAAGAGCCACACUUGUGGAUUUUAAAUCAACAGAAGCCUAAACAUCAUCUCCAAGAAUGAAAGGAUUUCCUCUUACAUCUGCUCUGUUUUGUCGCAGUCAUCUAACCUUUGUAACAUACAAGGGUCUCCCUUUGCCUUUCCUAGAUGUACACCACUGUGAUGAUCAACACUAUACGGAAUAUUCAGUAUUGUAUUUUACUGUAAUCGAUCUGCCAUCACAAAAACACGUGCCUGGUCACCACAUUCCAACAAUUUACCACUUUGGUCGCUUAUUUCACGGUCGAUCUUUCAUCAUCAAAGCCUUAAUCCCGUCCCGUUUCUCUCCUGAUUUAUCCACGCUCAUAGAGAUUAUAGUGUAUAGGUCCCCCUAUGGUUACCAUGAUGCGCAGACUUGAUUAAAGAGGAGGUCCAGUCCUGACAUCACCAGCAGCAGUCUCGUGGAUGCAGCCCCGCGCACGUAGGCACAGUGACUCCCUCUGCGUCACAUCCAGUCCAACAAUGAGCGUACAAACUUGGAGAGAGCGCUUGUUUCAUCAUGUUCAGGCUUCAUCAUCAUCAUCAUCAUCAGCACCCACAGGAGAAGGAAACGACGGAGCGCUCAGACCCCUGACUUCAAAAGCAUCUGUUCCCAUAACUCCUGCUCUCAGUUUGUCUUCCUAAUAGGUUUAAUGGAUGGGAAAAGACCUGUAGAGCUAUUUUGUACUUUUUAUGAGGGCGCACACCACUUUACAUAUUCACCCGGAUGCCCUUCGCUUUUCAUAGGAAAUUAACACGCAUCAGGAAACAUCUCAGGGCUGGAGCCACUGUGAGCGACUCACUGUCUGUUAUGAUUUCAAACAACUUAAUGAAGUUUUUCACGCAUUCUGAGCCCAUACAAAUGGAACGAGACAGGCAGACGCGGAAUACAGCCUCUAGACCGGGUUGUCUACGUGAGAAGCAUGGCGUGGGUAUCUAAUGUGAAUCCACGCACACCCAAUCCUGAUCAAGACUGAGCCUUACUAACAUUUGACAAGAACCAACACUACCCAGAGGAUAAUCCGCCCUAACCCUUUUCUGAUGCUGUCAUUAAAUACACUCUUAAUUCAUCUUCACCCAGCACACCUGUUACUCGAGCCUGUGGGCUACAACAGGUUAAAAACCAAGGGGAUUAUUACCUGAAGUGAGUCACACAGAAACCGACAGCUAUUUGAAGAAAAGAAAAUAUGAAACAAACUCACCUUACCUGCUGAGAUGAUGUCUCCCUCCUCUGAAGCGCUUCUACAGAAAACGCGUGUGCGCGCUUUCGUCCUGUCUUUAUCAAACGGCGGCGCGCUCACCAGAGUCCACGCCCCUCCUCCUCAGUCAAACUUAUUACAGUUCAGCUGCCACCUCCAUCCUGUUAGAUUAUGAGGCAAUCAAACUCAGUUCUGCGUAACCGCUUACAAAAUUUUCUAGAGAAAAGCAAAGUGCUGAGCAACUGCAAAAUAUACAGAGUUAAGAUCUCACAGUACAAUUAUUUAUAGAGUAGACCUAAAACAGUUUCAUCUAAGACACUGGACAAAGUGAAAUUAGGGGCUUAAAAGGUAAGGGAUAGUUGUUUUAACAAGCAACAUACAUAUUUCAGACUUUAUUAAAUUAAAAUGUUUUAGGGGAAGACUGGGGCUUGUUGUCUCACUUUAGAAGGGGAGAGUGGGGUAAGUUGAGCCACCCCCUGUUGCUUGGAAAUGGUAUGAGAAAUUGAACAUGUGACCAAAUAUUUAAGAGAUGGGCAUCAAUUUAUGGAGUCUGUGAAGGUUAGAAGCACAUGGGUGAAGUGAACAUUUUCUACUCUUGAAAGUGAAUUUAGUCUGUCAUAAGUUUUAUUAAAAUUGUGUUCAGAUCAAAAAAGAUCAUUUAAAAUUUGUUUUCAACAUCAAUUGUGGUAUCUAUGAGUUAUAACAUGAGGUCAAAAACACAGCAAAAAAAGUCCACCAUUUUAGUUUAGAGGACUAAUACGAUCAUAAUAGUAGUUCAGGGGUAAGUUGAGUCACUGGCUCAACUGAGAAAGUAAAGGAGUCUGAUGAGAGGAUCAGAGUCUCAGUUCAGAUUGUUGAAAUGUGUUACUUUUUCUUUUCAAAAAUACAGCUGUGAAUGUUCUGAAUCACUUGAAGACAUUCUCAUGUUAAAGUGACUUUUUACAAAACAGCUUUUUAGCAGUAAUAAAAUAAUAAAAAGAAGUACACAUGAAUGUAAAGAAGUGACUGUUAUUGAGGGAGAGAGAAGGUGAGGGAGGGCUGGGAUGGAGAAUGGAGGGGUUGAAGGGAUACCACUCAUCUAACCCUGCUCCUAUGGUCAACUUACCCCAUACACGGGGUAAGUUGACCAUAGGAGACCACUUUUUUUGGCAUGCUAUAUUACCAAGACAGUUAUGUUUACACUCAUUCUGUUGGUUUGCAGGGGUGAAAUAUAUGCAGAUAAACUAGUUAGAGACAAAACUAUGAUUGCCUUGAUGUGGUGAUCAAAAAAUAGCUCAUCUUACCCCACUCUCCCCUACAAUUAUUUUCAGGGUAGGCCUAAAACAGUUUUGUUUAAAACACUGGAAAUUCGGGACCUAAAAGGUUAGAGAUAGUUGUUUUAACAAGCAACAUACAUAUUUAGACUUUAAGAAACUGACCUGUUCUAGGGAAAGACUAGGGCCAGUUGUUUUACUUUUGUACUCACUUGUUCCAAUCAGUACAUUCAGUAGCCUACAUUUUACAAUAGUCAUGCUUUCAGUAGGAAAAAGGCUGUGGUCUUGAGUUUAAGGGGUAGCUCUUUCAUUCUUGUAGCUUAAGCAACCAACCUAUGAGAAUUAGCCUCGAUUCUUUCAUUAAUCAAACAGGGCCCCUAGGUUUCAAAAUGUGAAACUAUUUAUCUUGUGCACUUAGGGACAAGAAAUCUUGUGUGACUAUUUUUAGCCAAAAUUCAGUGCACACAACAUGAUUUUAUUGUUGAAAUAGUUAUCUCAGCCUUACAAGAUAAUGACUUGAUCCUGAAAGAUGACUGCUUAGUGCUCACAAAAUAACUAUUUCAUGCCAAUAAUAACUUUCUAGUGGAAAAGAAGUUAUUACCUGGCCCAUGAUGAUGUUUUUUUCCCAUUAGAUUACUGCACAGGAUUACUGUGUUCCUCUAUCAGUUGAAAAAGCUCAGCUUCAGUUCCUCAUGCAGUGACACAUGGUGUUUUACAAUGCCCCAGAGCUUUAAAUUAACAAAGACACAUGACUAUGCUUUUGAAUUAGAGAUGGGAUUUAUGGCUCUUUUGAGGGAGCUUGAUCUUGAGGAGCUGUUCCUUUGAAAAAGCCGUUCAAAAGAAUGGCUCGUUGUUAUAUUUAUUUUAUUUUUAGAAGUCAACCAGGGGUAUACAACCCACCAAUAUAUACACUAAUAAUGAAAAUUAUUCUGAAAUAUUGGUAAUAAUUUCAUUUAGCUUGUGUUUUCAUUGUGAGUAUUCCAUAAGGUGGUUCCAUAUCCCAUGCUUUGACAGUGAGAUCACUAUUUUGAAUUUUUCUGCGCAGGCUACAGAUUAAUGAUUAAAAUUAAGACAUGAUAAAAAUGUGAUUGCUAAAUUGUACUACCCUACCUGCAUGGUGUAUAUGUCACGUAACACACGAUGGCAGUGUGGGAAAUUUGCAUAUGAAAAUGGCUCACAAACGAACGGCUCGCCACUGUGAACUGGUUCUCGUCGUUCACACUUAAAAGAGCUGUUUAAACGACUGACUCGUUCACAAAUGUCACGUCUCUAUUUUGAAUAACCACAAUGUGAAAUAAAAACACUCAAAUGAAAAGCCAGUACCCUGCAAAAUUUUGCCUUAGAGUGUGGAAAAAAAUGUUUUCCUCAUAGUAUAAUUUGAGCUUUGAUGUUGAACUAUCGUAGAAAGAUGAUAUGAAAACAUCUACAAAGCAAGCAUCCCCAGACUUGGAGAAGGCAUAUCAGAGCAUGGAAUCUGAGUUCAAAGCCAGUGCAUGAGCUUUCCAUUACAGCAAACAAAUAAAUGCUUUCCUUGCAGUAAACUUGAGUGGUGCUUUUUAAUUACCAUUAUCAGUAGUUGUAAACACCAACAGGAAGGAGGAGACCGGAGUUCUGACUAAAAAGUGUUUUGAGAUCUUGGUGGUACAUUGUGUGGCAGGCCAUGCCAGCUGUGUGAAGCCAGGUCUCCAUAAUUAUUAUCACCCAACAGUCCUGGGCAGGGCUGUUGGCAGCAAUGAGUAAUCCCAGAUCGUCCAUUUUGUAAAUUUAGCACUUGAGAGGAAUAUACUCUGGAGUGGUGGUUUGAGUUUUCUCAGCCUGGUUAGUAGGCCCACUUGGCAGCCUCACUUCUACUUCCUCUCUCCACUAUGAGCCAAAACCAAUCCGUGGAGAUCGCAGGGGUGUGGUCUUGCUGUGUCCCCCCUUUAGGAUGUUGUAAGUUCAAUUAGAAUUACGUUGUAAUUUCCUCACUGGCUUGUAAACCAAAGUUAAUUAACCCCUGCUGACUGUACACAUACUGUGCUGAAAAAAUCUCAGCAAACAUGGUCACACAAAUGAUAACUCUCACAAGGAAAGCCUCAAACUGAUGAAAGCCAAGAGCCAUUGCACUUGCAUAUACAUAUAGAGGGUAGAGAGAGGUAAGAGGGGGCGUGCAAUAAAGCUGUUUUCAUUUAAGUAGCCUACCAUAAAUCAUGUUAUCUGACCGUUAGCAAUAGUCAGUCUAAAAGUUCAUGGUUUUAUUGCUUUUUGGGGUCAUAAUAAGGCAUUUAUGGUAGUUUCAAUAACUUUUAUAACUACAUAAAAAGCUUUUGGAUGAGCUUUAAAAAUAACAUCGUCAUGGAUUAAUUUUUCAAGUCAGUCGAGUAGUCCGUAGGAGGCCAGGAACCUUUCUCACACCAGGGGAAUAGUUUGAAAGACGGACUGUUGCCACGGAAACCACCGGCUUGAGAAAGGAACCAGCCAAGUUAUCUUUAUUUUGUGAAGUCUAACUACCAGCUAACCGUAUAAACUCUCUCAUUUUUCUCUGUUGUCACAUGUUUUGUUUUAUUUGAACUCUAAAGGAUGUAGACCACCGAGCCCACGGUACAAACGGUGCCCACUGAGUGCGACAACAGCCGUUUCCUCGAUCAUGGUGGGUAAAACGGACUUCUACUGUAGAUAAUGUUUCUACCGUGCAGGUGUUUUUAACAGCUUCAAUUAGAAAACUAUGGACUCUAAUGCAUGUUUUGAUUGUUUACUGGUCACAGACUUUAUCCUGCCAUUCCACAUACAGUUAAAACUUCAUUUAGAGUAAUAUAUUGGACCGUAUUUAUCACACACCUGUAAUAAACCAUGCUGUAGUUGUGUUUGUUUGUUUUUUAAGGGUUUGUUAUACUCGUUUUGGGUUUUAUAUUGUCCUGAUAUCCAUACAGAAGCUGUAUCCGAUUCACAGUUAAAAAAAAAAAAAUCUUGAUCUUAAGCGAGUGAAUUUCAGCUACUGUCUCUUUAAGGACCUCAUUGAACCCUCCUCCACUGUUGCCAUACCACUUUGUCGUGUUUAUGUAUCUUAAAUGACAUUUCUAAACAUGGGCCUCAAAUCUGACCUCUAAAGUUUGGAAAGGACCUUAAAAAAAUCCCCAGCAGCAAAACACAGAGUAGGAUGUUUCUGUUUGGUCAGUUUUAUGUUUAUUAUAGUCUUUUAAACUCAUUGGCUGAUAAGAGACGCUGUGAUUUGAGUCCCUCUGGUAUCAUUUGCAGGAAAAAAUAAGAACAGAGCAGCCUGCAGUAACAUCACACUUUUCCCACAUCUAGCACUGACUUCCAAAACUUGAAAGUCAUAUUUGAUUUAAAGUAGUAAAAUAUAUUCUGAAAUUCUCAUCCUGGGGACCCAGUGGUUAAAUCCCACACCUGGUGUGCAGAAGCCACAACUUGCAGCAACAUGCUUACUCUUUAUCUGACACCUAUCUGUUUGCAGAUGCAGUUUUUUGCUCCAAGAAAUGUGUGACCAGCUGCUGGUCUCUUAAGUAGAUCACAUAUGGAGUCUUCACUCCUGAUUUUGAGUCAGUUUUAUAAUCUGUUACAAACUCCUCACAGGAGCUUUAGUUAUCCUGUUUUGCUGAGGCUGUUUGCCUCAUUGUUCACUUGAUUUUAAAACUAUUCAAAACUUGACCUGCUGGUUUGAAUUUAUCUGGAACUGAGAGGAAAAAGUCAAACUUUCAUUUUUAGUUGCAAGUAUAUUUAAAAUGUUCAGUAUAUCUUAUAGGUAAGUUUAAAAGGCACAGAAAUGUCCAUAAAAUGAGAAUAUGUUAGGACAUGUAGCUGUCAGAUUCUAGAUUGACUGAUUUCCUAGCUCACCCCUCCUGUUGUGAAAUGAUGAUUGCCCUCAAGGACAAGAGGCUCUUAUGAUGCAUAAUUUGUCAAGCUUUAAUCAUCAAAAAUGUCUAUCAUCAGUAAUUCUUUACACAAACAUUGUGUUAACUUUGUUAACUCACCAAUAAGUUUAAGGCUGUUAUCAAAUAGGGGUCACACCCACAAGUGACACAGAAAAGUUGAGAAAUGACCGAGCAGGAAACCAGUUUGUUUACUUUGGCUGAUGUGCAUCAGUAGAAGUAUGACAUGCUCAGAUGCCAACAGUUUUAUCUGUAAUUAAAAGUCAGAUGUAAUAAAAGUCCUUCACAGAGGGACUGUCAUUUAAACAGAAGAAGAAGGAUUUUUCAAACUUAACUUUCAUCCUGACAUUUCCCUUCUACUCUGACCAUUCUGACAGUUUUCACCAAAGGAAUAAAUAAAUAAAUAAAAACACUUUUAUUUUGUGCCUGUCACUUUUACUGACAGUUGAGCUUUAAUUUAGUCAUCUCUCAGGUUAUUUUUGGGGCAUUUUCCUUUAUCUGACACAACAUUUCAAGAGAGACAGAAUGUUUGAGAGCGGUGGAUGAGACUGCUGUGAUCAGUGCAGCCUCUGUCAAUUCUACCACCUGAGCUAAAUCAGCACCUCCUAAUAUUUUGACUACCCUGACUUUCUCUAAAUAAACCCUACUCUCAAAUUUUAUAUUUCAUCUUCAAUUAGAUCAUUCGCACAAUAAGGAGGAUAACACAUUUUUUGGAUUCCAUGGUCUCUUUUAUGUGUAGUAAAGAAAAAGUGCAAUUACUGCUAAAAGAAAGAAGCUAACUAUCACCAAGAAUCCUAUGUUAACCACCCGUAUCAUGGCUCACAGGUGUAUCUCAGCCCCGCCAUGGAGUCACAUGCACACAGUGAUUUGGGAGACCUGGAAGCCCAGCUAGCCAGUAAAGAAAAGGAGUGGAAGGAGCUCCAGGCUGCCAGAGUUCAUCAGCUGGAGAGUGCCCUGAGAAAGGCCCAGGAGGAGUGUUCCUCACUCAGGUAUGUCUGCCACCUCAUAUCAAAAUAACAGGAAGUCUGAACCUUCACUUUAUACACUAGCUUUUAGCCAAAAAUACUGCCAGCAACUGAGCCACAGUCAAUGUUAGUGUUUUUACUUACAAGGAAAUUCUUUUAGUGGUAUUAUCAGCUGUUAAAACAACAUUUAGGACUGAUUAAAAAAUGUUCAUAGCUGUUUUUAAGAGCAGAAGGCAGCACUUCAGUUUCUGAAAAUCCAAACAGUAUUAGAAUUAUGCUCAUGCAUAACAGAAAGAGGCAGAAAAUGUAACUUUUUAAACAAAUGCCUGGCAUUUCAGUGUUGUAAUUUUAACAAUCAUGAUGACUGCUACAAGUAAAUGAUAAGUCGUUUUUAUUCAUUGUGCACUUUGUCAUAAUCAGCUUCUCAAAGAGUUUCAUUCAUGUAACAUAUGAGGAAAUUUGAUUAGGUCAAAAAGGAGGAUUCAGUUCAAACUUGGCAAAAAGUAAGAAGUGAAACACAUUUAUAGAAAUGAAUAAAUGAAAGGAAGUUAAAACCUAAAAACAGGGAUUAAAGACAUCAGUAGUUAACUAUCAGAUGCCUUUUAUGACAAAUAAUCAAGUUAAAACCAGUUUGCUGCAAUAAAAACGGAUUUGACUGUGUCAGGGAAUUUUUUUCCCCCAUUUCUCUGUGAAAAAGUUGAGGAGUGAGUGUUCAGGAAGUCAUAAAGACUACUUUCUGGCAUGUCACCAGAUGAACAUUUGAACUCUGUGUUGCCGAGUUUAGCCAAGUUACCAGAAAACACGUUCCUGAACAGUCAGUAAUGGAAUCUUUCCCCGCAUAAAGCUUUGGUUUAUUUGCACAAAUUUUGUAAUGUGUGUCAGAGAUAUCUCCCUCAGUAUAGUACAAUAACGGAGUGUGGAUUUCCAGGAGAAAGCCAGGCAUUGUAAUUGGAAAGACAUAUUAAAAAUGCAUGCUGUGGAAAUAUUGACAUGUCACUUUUCAAUGCCUUGAGCAACACCUUCAUUGUACUGCAGCAGAGGCAAAAAUCUUCCUGUCUGAGCAGAGCAAACAGAAAUAUCUGGCAACAAUGAUAACCCACUGUUAUUGGUGUUUGCUUACUUUCUUUAAGCUUGUUGUCCUUGUUUAAGUAAUAUAUGUCUACCUGAACAGCUCAACCUCAUGCAAUAAGGUUUUAGUAAUCCUACAAGUCCAAUUGGUAUAUUUACUUUUCAGAAAAGCAUGAAAAUUGGACACCUUGUGCAGGGUACUCCUUUAUUUUUUUGUGUGUUACUGUGUUAUGCUACACUUGAUGGAGAGACAGGGGCAAACCAGCAUCUCCCGUGAGAUGUAAUUUUUGUCUGUUGAGUCUAGUGGCUUUUAAGAAAGGGAUACUAUGACUGUCACUGGUUUUAAAAAGUAAAUAAAUAAAUAAGAUAUUUCCCUUAAAAGAAGUCUUCCUCUGUGAAAAUCCCUGCUGUCAUACCAUAAAACACAAAUAAAAAAAAUACCCAUAUCUAAAUGAUCCAGAUGACAUAUGUUUUGGAAAUGAACUUGUCUCUCAAUAAGAAUCAAUCAAGGAUCUCGAGUCAAUCAGUUGUCUUUGUAUUUUUAUUGCAUAUCAUGUGGUUUUGUUAUACGAUGACAAAAUCAUGUCACAUAAGUAGGGAUGGGCGAUAAAUUAUCGUUCACGAUAUAUCGUCAGAAAAACCCUCCAUGAUAAAUAUUGAUAAUACAUAUAUCAAACAUGGCCGAAGGUGAUGAAGAAGACGUUUCUGAACAGCUUGUUACUGAACGAGGCUCCACAUGAGGGAUUUCCUUCAAGAUUGGGGCUUAGAUGAGUGCAACCAGGUAUACCUGACAUUGGAAAGUGGAUCUACUGCUGUUCACUCUGUGCAAUAAGAGUUUUCAAUAAAUGUUGAAAAUUUUUUCACAUUCGAGACUUGUUUGAUGUCACUAGUUUUCUGCAUAACCCACCACUCAAACUUGUGGUUAAGUAUCUUAUUUGACUACUCCAACUGGUGCUCCCAAGACAAAAUAAGUCAAAAAUUGGAAUUAAAAUGUUUUUAUCAUGACUUUUAUCAUUAUCGCCAGAAUGGCAAAUCUUAUCAUGAUCAUUUUUUUUAGCCCAUAUCGCCUAUCCCUACAAAUAAGUCACCAUAUGACAUGCCAUGACAUGUUGUGAUGACAGAACACAUCACAACAUGACCCAACACUUCAUAUCAUUUGUAUUUCAAGUCUUCAGGUCACAUUUCAUUACGCGUCAUCAUAUUUUUUUCAGGUUGAUUUUAAUUGGGCAUGUUUUGAUGUACCUCAAGAUGCACAUAUUUUGCCGUUUACAACUGAAUUCAACAAAAAUGAACACAAACAUUCAUCAAAAUACAAACAUGGUCGCAGGAUUGAAUCACUCACUCAGAUAUUGUUGCAGCCGUCGAAGUCUAGAGCAGUGUACUGGACUGAUUAUAAAACCUUGUGGACCUAUUAGAGUCUUAGAUACGCAAAAACAGAGACCAGGUGAAGUAAUACUAGAAUUCCUCUUUUUUUACAGUAUGUAUCAUUAUAUUGUAUUUUCAGUUAUAUAUGUGUACAGUAUAGUUACCGCCAGUCUGAAAUUAAGCUGCAGGUCACAUCCUCACCUGCUGCUUCCUGUCUGUUAGUGUCUUUUGUUACACUAACAGGUGAGGUCGGGACACAAUGAGCUGCGGGAGCUUACACGGGAUCACUUCUGGUAUGACAGUGUCCAACAAUGAAUCCACAAACCUGAUCCGUGUGUGUGUCCCUUUAGAAUGGAGAUGAAACAGGAAGUAGUUUUGUCCCAUACUACUUAUUACACACUCAAAUUGAGCUGAUCGUGAAGCAUCUAACACUCAUGUCUAUGUGAAAUAUCUCCCUCUUCAAAAACAGUGAUUGCCUAGUAACAAUUUGUUAUGAUUUUAUUUGUCAGAGAGCGCUAUCAGCAAAUGAAGGAGGAUUUCCAGUUCAACCUGGCACUCCUGGACGAGCGAGACAAAGAGCUGGAGAGGUAUGAUGUCGUGACCUCCAGAGCUCUGGCUGCAGAGGAUAAAAGGUACGAACACUUUGAGAGAAAAUGAUAGGAAAAUGAUCUGUAUAUGUGGCAUUUAGAUUUGACACACCUGAAAGCAGAGACAAUAAAGCAUAAACAGCGUAUGAAGCAUCAGAGGAACAAAAAAAGGACACUUGAGGAGGAUUAGUAACAUAUGACCCCACAGUUAUAUAAAGGCAUAUCCUCCCAAGCUCAGGGUGUAACUGACAGGAGCUCAUUAGUGCAAGAAGGGAUCUUGUCGACACAAUCCUCUCCAGGCUGAAGUCAUUGAAUAUUUUCACUUUUUUUUGUACUGCUCUUCAUAGAGUCUCUCUGUAUCAAGUCACAGCCUGCUGGGUUAAGUGUUCACUGUGAGCUCACAGUGAUUACAAACAGGCCCCAGCUUGCUUUAAACCUACUAGGUAGUAAAAACGUGAUUUUUUUAAUUCAUUUUUUAUUUUUAAUUUAAGCAAAGAAAGACAACAAAAUACAACAGGAAUUGACUUCUACAGACAAAUAUCACAGUUGGGAUGAAAAAUAACACCAAAAGGCUUUUAAGGAGAACCCACCUGACAUUGAAACUGAGGCUUUUGAAAAUUUCUGUUACAAAUAAAAGCAGACCUAGGUGUUUACUAUGCAGAAAAAUACAUAUAUCUGGUGUAAUAGCAGUGAAUCUGGUACCUGCUAAGAUAAGUGGACAUGAAUAUGAAAACACCAGAAUACAAAAGAGACUCUCUGAGGUGUAUUGAUAUCAAGUAUCCCUGCUGUCCUGCAGGAAAUAACUCUGGUACAGUGACUUGAGAAAAUGUAAUAAGUUAUUUUCCAUGCUUAUAAAACACCUAUAUCAGGGUUAUGUAUUUAGUAGUGAGUUAAGUAAAUGUAAAUGGCUUGUAUCUGGAAAAUUUUUGCUUUAUAUUUGUCUUCCUGUUGUCUUUUUCUACUCUUUCAUCUUCUCUCUCCUUCAUCAAUGUCCUCCUCAUCUUCUUCUUCCUCUUGUAACACAUCCCUCCUCUUUACUUUUCUCCUCUUACUUAGGGGAGACCGGGGCUUGUUGUCACACUUUUUACACUCUUGUAUAUUUCUUGCAAUCAGUACAUCAUAUAUAAAUAAAAUGUGUGUCAGAAGAAAGACCAAAGUCUCAGGUAUAUAUUUUGUAUUCAUGUCAUUUUCACAUGUUGUGUCAGUGCAGUUAUAAGCAAUCAAAUAGAGAGUGUAAACAUGUGACAUGUUGCCUCGCCACUGGGUAAGUUGUCUCAAUACAUGGGGUAAGAUGUCACAGUGGAUUUUACAGCUUAUAAAACAAAGACAAAAUUACUGUUGUUCUAAUUUUUUUACAUAAAAGUGAACAUCAAAGUCAGGCACAGAAAAUGUUUAUCAUUGAGCUAGAAAAAGCCAUGAACAAAUGUUAACAUAAAAUAUUAUGCAACAUGCACUGCAGUUUGGAGAGCUGUCUGACUCUGUAUUUUGGCCGGGGUGAAUGUUUUGCAGUACCGAGCCAAGGUAUGGUAGUUGACAUUAGAGUCCUUUGUUGAAAAAUACAUUGAUUUAUUAGCGAGGGUCACCUGUCUGACUGCCCUCCGCAUCACGUCAGGUACUGCACUGCCUUGCUCUGUUUUUCUUUUGUAAUUCCUGACCAUGGUUUUUUGCUUUCUCCUCUCCUUUAAACCACUUUUUUUUCUGUAAAAGUAAAGUUAAAAUUUCAAUGUGACAACUGCUAAUAAGCAGACUCUCAGUGUUAUUUUUGAUCCCUUUUAAGCAUGUGACAACUAACCCCAAAAUGACUGAGACAUGUUGCCCCAAACUACCAUGUUUGCUAAUUUAAGCUCUAUCUUAAAGUUAGUUUAAAACAGAACAAUGACUGAGGUAUGACAGGAUGCCUUAAUGUCACAUCUAACAAGUCCACAUGUUUCACUGCUAAGAUUUUUCUCAUGAAGAAGCUUAUUUUAAAAUAUCUCAAGUUAAUUUUUUUACUUUGGGUUGUGCAAAAUGAUUAAUUGGCACUCAUCUCGACUCACAAUGUGCUUUUUUUUUCUCAGACAGGACAAACUAGUAUUCCACUUUUUAGUUGCGCCCUCUGGUGGCAAAGAUAAUUGCAACGUGACAGCUUACCCGUGACAACAAGCCCCAGUCUCCCCUACUCGUCCUCUGCUAUCUUCUACUUCUUUUUCUCUCCUCUUAGAGGUCUUCCAUGUUUUUCUUUCCCUCCAUAUUUUCCUUUUCUUUACCUCCUUUUUCUUUUCCCCAUGUGAUAAAUUAUGUCAUUGCCGUUGGUUAAUUUCAGAAAGCAGGGUUUCAUUCCCCUUUUCUUUACUGGCUUUACUGACCACAUUGAUUCCUGGUUUUUCAUCUGCCUCAUCAUGAAAUAAAUCACUGUGUUGCCUGUCCAUGUCCAUUGAUACUGACAUACUGCUGUCCUUCUGCAGGCAGGACGAGAUGAGGCAGCUGCGUCUGCAGGUCACCAGGCUGGAGGAGCAAAGAGCCAGAGAGGCUGAGCAGUGGCGGGAGAAGCUCAGUAAAAGUCAGCAGAGUGCUGCUCAGCACAGGCUGCAGCUGGAGGAGCUCAAGCUGUGAGUCACAAGGAAGAGACAGAAUCCCCACCGCAGCUUUGAUUACUGUCUGCACAUUAUAAAUUUAUGAAUGAAAUAACUCACAAACUACGUAAAUGUUUAUAUUGCUCUGCUAAGAACUGGGAGAGGAAAGCAGUGACCCAUGUUGAGCCAAAAAACGUCUUAAAAGUCUGUCUGGCUGUGUGAGAAAUACUCUGCCACACAUGAUGAAAAUCCUACCAAGCCGACAAAACAUAAAAUGAAGAAAAUGUUAACACUAUGAAACUUCAAAGAAUCAGUUAUUUUUUGUACCUUUCAGUUUGAAGCCACAGACUGAAUACAAGACUUGGACACAGCCCAUAGGUUUCAAGUGAAGUUUCUACUGCUUGUAAUGUUGUAUUGCACCAAAGGCCUCUAAAGUGAGCCUACUUCUCCCUUGACGUUGGAGAUGAUAUUUAUGGGCAUGGUUAAAUUAGUGUAGAAUCACUUAGAAGUCAAAAUCAUUUUUGUUCUGUCAACUUCUAUAUCUUCAUGGAAGCAGGUCCACCAUUAUGCACCACAAUGUUUAUACAGAAGCACAGAUCUAACAAAACAAAAAAUGCUAUACCAACUUUUGUAGUAAGUGAUUGGCCACCCAGAAUGCACCAGUUACAAAGCAGAAAAAAUGUGUAAAAAAAAAAAAAGUGUUUUGGUAACACAUUACUUGACACCUAUCUCUAUAUCACAUUAUAAAUAUUUGUAUAAUGUAUUAUAACCGCGUUAUAGCACUGUAUAACUAUAGUUAUAAACACUCAUAAAUGAUCAUUAUAUCAUUACAUAUAAAUUAUCAUUAUCAUGACUUACAAGGUCAGGUAUGUGUUAUGCUUAUUGUUAUAAAGCCUCAUGAUAAUUAAUGAGUGUUUAUAAUGAUAGUUUUACAAGUUUAUAAGCAAAUUAUAACACAUCAUAAAUAUAUCUAUGAUGCGUUAUCCAUGUGGCAUUGUCAGUGAGUUGUUAACAGUUAUAACACUGUGUUUAUUACUAUAGUUAUACAGUGCUAUAAUGUGAUUAUAAUGCAUUAUACAUACAUUUAUAAUGUGUUAUAGAGCUAGGCGUCAAAUUAAGUGUUACCAGUGUUUUUUUUUUUGUGUUGUUGUAUUGAUAGAAUUUAUUUGUUGAUGGUAAAGACUCCAUCAGCUGACAGAGCUCCACCUUAAGUUUGGCUGACAUUUUGACAGACUGAUCUCUUAUUCCUGAGCAUAACCUGCUGCAGAGCAGAUUAGGUGUUCAGCAUAAGUUGCCAUGACAAUGUACCCAGUCAUAAAGUGAAUUACUUUUUCCUUUUAGUUUUAUGUGCAACAGUCUUUGUGGUGUAUUUGAGGUUUUCAUCUCAUGUCAACAGCAGUUCACUGGUGUAAAGAAACCACAUAACAUUUUCAACACUCCACCCUCUUCUCAGGAAGUAACAUUUCUGUUUUUAAGGUUCUGUGUCUGUGGCUUUGACACUGUGUCCAUUGAGAAAACUUGAGUUCAUCAUUCACCCCACGGCAUCGCAAUGAUUUUAUAAAUCCAUUACAAGACAGAGCAGUGCUACUUUCUUGUCGAAUCAAUCUUAAUGUUCUUUCACUUUCCCCCCAUGUGUGCUUGUAUGUUGGUAGCUCCAUGGCUGGUGAAGUUCAGAGGCAAACAGAAGAGUGUGAGAGGAUGAAACUGGAUAUGCAGAGCAGGAUAUGUGAGGUGGAGGCAGAGCUGACUCUACAGAGACAGGUGAGCACACAACCUCGCAACCACACACACUUGUAUCCCUCACAGGGUCUCUGUGUUGAUAUCUAAUGUUUACUGUGUUGAAUAAACUAUUAUCGUCUCCACUCGCUCCCCCUAGAAUAAAAUGAUAUAUGGGUAUGACUCAGUAUUAAACACACUGUGCUGGUGAUAGACGGAAAAAGCCGUGGCACAAUGGAGCUCAACACAGUUACGCACACUCCUUCUUGUGUUGCAACCCCCCAUAUUUGGAUGUGUACGUGAGGGCCGUCCAGUCUGCAGGACUGAAAUAACUGAAAGGGCAGCAAGACAUUCAGACCUUUAGGAUGAACCCAAACAAAAGACCCCUCAAAACGGACUCUGACUGGUGUGUUUACUUAAUGGCUGGCUCUGCCAUCAUGUAUCCACUUGUAGAGAUUUAUCAAUCAACAUGGGUGAUAAAACAAUAUAGAUACAUUUUCUGAGUAGUGGUGAAACUCUACCUUUUUCACAUGGGAUGUCCACUGGAGUGACUCCGCAGAAUCACAAAGCUCCUUUAUAAAAAAGGCAAACUCUAUGACUAUUUACCAAACAGUGACGGUGUUAGCCAGCUUCUGCUUUGCUGUUUAAAAAAAAAGGAGUUUGGGUGAAUUAACUACCUGAUGAUACAAUUUCAGAAUUUCUCAUAGCAUCACGCCUUGAUAUCUGUACAUUUGGGUAUAAACAGGUAUUGAUAUACCUGUGACUAUGGUUAUAUCAGUUGAUAAUAUCCUCUAGGUGCCGCAUUAGACCAGCUGUGUUUUGGCAAAGCAUUCAUGAUAUCUUAAAUGAAUUGACCUCAGUGUCUACAUCAUCAGCACAACCACAUUGUCAGACCUCUUGUAUUUUAAUUUUUCUGAUGUCAAACUAUGACACUAUGAACGACAUGCUAGUUUGGCCCAGCAGUGAUAGCCUGAGCCACACAUAUAGAGGUCACAGUCCUCGUCCCUGAGGUUGCUGAAUUAACUCCAGGCUUCAGCUCUUGGCUGCAUGUCUUCCUCACCCUUUAACCCUGUCGUUUCCUGUUUUUCCUCAGCUGUCUAAUUGAUGCAAAAAAUUCCCCUCAAAAAACACCAGGGAAAAGCUAUGUAAAUGUUUAAUCUCCAGUCAUUUGAGUUUCAUUUGGCCUCAUGUUUUCACCUAAUCAUGCAAUUCUGAGAAGAUUCUUGCAUUCACCAAAAUUUGUCUCAUCUGGGAUUUGUUUCUAGCUAAGAAAACAAAUCUAACAACACUCAAAACACUCUUCUGCACAUUUGAGUGCUGAUAUGUCUGAUAGGUAAUUUCUCCCUCAGAUUUGAGCUCAGACUUUCAGUUUCACUUGAUUUAGUUCUUUCCUGUUUACACCAGAGAGUCUGACAUGAUAGAUUAAUUCAAAUAUUUAUUUUUAUAUUUAUAUCAUAAAAAAUAACCUUUUUCUUCUUUUGGAUUCUUUUUUGAAAUUUAAGUAAGUUAAAAAGUACUGAUAAAUAAAACAGAGCAAUAUAGAAAAUGACAGUUAGCCAAAUCCAGAAGUUAUGGCACAGUACAACACGAUACUUAGUGACCCACUGCAUACAAUACGAUACGAUGCGAUACAAUAUGAUACGAUAUGAUACAGUUCAAUACGAUACAAUACGAUUACGAUAGUCAGACAUGAUACAUACAGUACGAUACGAUACAAUACGAUACAAUACAUUCAAUACAAUUCAAUACAAUUCAGUAUAAUUCAAUACAAUUCAAUACGAUAUGAUACAUACAAUACGAUUCAAUACGAUACAAUGCAAUACAAUUCAAUAGGAUACAAUACAAUAUGAGAUGAUACUAAAAAACCUACCGCAAAUGAUAUGAUAUGGUACAUCAGGAUAUAAUAGCAUAUGCAUAUAAUACAAUUCUAUACUUAUUGAAAGAUUGUUUUACUCUACAGAAAAUCUGUCUUGGACUCAAAUGCUGCACAUCCAUAAGUGCAUCUGCAAAAGUACUGAAAAAUGCAACAAAACAGCAUUUAAAAGAACAUUAAACUCAACUAAAACAGAGAAAGAAAUGAUGAGGAAGCCACAAACGUCACAUAUUACACAGAAUCUAUGUUGCACAAGGAUGAAUAAACAGAAUGAAUAAAAGAUUACAGAUAAAAAAUUAUAACAUCAUGGCACUAUUGCACAAGCCACACAUUGGCACCAACAUUAUUUUAAAGUUUUAAUCCAGAUGGACACAGAGGAGAUUUUAAAGUGGUUCAGUUUACACCGGGGGACUCAGUAUUGUCUGCCAGGAGGUAAGAGCUCAUACUCAGAGAGGAGGAUGUGCAGCGAGUCAGACAGCACUCUCUGUGCUUGCCUAAGAAUAGACUGCUCAUAUAUUGACUUGAGGGAGAGGUUUUCUGUCCUACCAGUGACCUUCACGGCAGUCUCUGGACUAAACGGCAUCACACCACUGAAAGCCUGUAGUCGUCCGUGCUGUUCUGGACCUUUUUAGCCAAAACUACUUGAUAACAAAAGGAUUACCAGUAACCUGGGCAGCUUCCUGAUCAGGAGAUGAGGCUGCAACUUUAAAAGCAAGUCUGACACCAGUGAGCAACAGGUGUACAUACAUCUUUGGGUCAAAAAUGGAAGCUUUAAUAAUGCCUAUGUUUGAUAUUGUUAAAAUUGUAUACACAGCUUAUCACGCUUCUUUCUCCAUCAGGAGUUGACUACAUCUUUUGACAAUGAGCUCAAACAACGGGAACACCAAUUCAACAUGAGAAUGGAUGAGAUGCGCGCUGUUGUGCUGUCUCAUGAUCUCAAGGUGAGGAAAGGAGAAGGGCAGUGUUGACUCUAAUGCUUAAGACAUUCCAGAUUUCCAAAAUGAAAGUAGAUUAUGACAACUUUCAUCAUCCUUUGUGUAUUUGUGUGUCUGUGUUCAGGUGAAUUCGCUGACUAAAGAGGUUGAGGUUCACAGCCAGGCUCAUCUGCAGGCUGCAGAAGCUCUGAAAGCAUCUCAGGAGUUUUGUCAGCAGAUUCAAUCUCAGCUGCUGCACAAGGAGCAGGAGAUGAGAGACCGAAGCUCUGUCAAAGACCACAGGUGUUCUGCUGGAUUACUGUGCACUGCAUGUGUGUAUAUGUGUGUGUGUCUUUUGUGUGUUUUUACAUGCGUAUUUUCUUUCUCAGGAUAAAGGAGCUUGAAGAGGAGCUGAAAUUGAUGGAGACUAGAUUGAAGAAGGAGGAGAAUGACCACAUGAAGAUGUAAGGCAGUAGCAACACACACCCUCAGUCUGUCUCUGGUGUAGACAGAUCUUUUAAGAAUACUCUAUGAUGUUUCCUUGGUUAUCUUUCAUUUAGGUACUUGUUGAUGGAAAUGUACUUGGCUUCAUGACUAAAGACUGCAGUAGGGCUGUAAUCAACCAAAGAAAUUCUUGGUCGACUAAAACCUUGAAAUUUUUCGACCAAAAAUCGACUAAUAGGGGUGGGGGGUGAGAUUUUCUGAUUCUGACGGCAACCCCUCCUCCAGCGGGGGACGACGCGGCACAAUUAAAGUUAAAACACUCAAGAUAAAGAUAAAUAUUCAGCAAACCACCAGACAUUGUGAUCACUCUUCAAUCUUCCUGUCUCCAGCUGAUCUUCAGUGGGUUGGGCAAAUCCAAAAGGGUGAAAACAAGGGGGGUGUUCUGAGACAUGCUGUUACCUGUGAAACAGGGGUGCUAUAAAAAAACACCCCGAUUGGCAUUUGGUACGUUCCUCCUGAUGAAAUUAACCACUGAUUGUAAAUUGGCACCGGUGGCACAGUGGUGUAGUGGUUAGCACUGUCAUCUCACAGCAAGAAAGUCCUGGGUUGGAAUCCGGGUCAGGGCGUUUCUGUGUGGAGUUUGCAUGUUCUCCCAGUGUCUGCGUGGGUUUACUCUGGUUACUCCGGUUUCCUCUCACAUCCCAAAACAUGCCAAAGUGGGGUUAGGUUAGUUGGCCACUGUCAAACCACCUAUAGGUGUGAAUGUGAUGUGUGCAUGGAUGGGUUUUCGUAUCCAUAUGUCAGCCCUGCGAUGAACUGGCGACUUGUCCAGGGUGUCCCUUGCCCCCGGCGACCCCCAACCCCCAACAGGAAUAAGCAGUAGAAAAUGGAUGGAUGGAUGGAUAUAAACUGACAUGGAAAAAAGUCGACUCAGCUUGUAUCGACCAGUUGACUAGGACUUUACAGCCCUAGACUGCAGGUUCUUGGCUUUCAUAGUGGAAAAAGUUUUUAAAGUCUUUGAUUCAAAUCUUAAAAUUUAAAGUCAUAAAAUUUCCACACGUGUCCAAUUAGCAUUCUGUGAUUUCUUAUUAUUAUUUUAUGUGGAUUUGACUGUUUGUGGAACAAUAUGGCAUUAGGGCAGUUUAUCAAGAAAGAUUCCCAAACCACAUACAGAAACCAUGAACAAAAGCAAAAUGGAGAAACAAAAGUUCAAGGAAAUUUACUCUAAGGUGUAAAUACAAGAGCAUGGUUUGCAGCAGUAAAAGCCUGCUAUGAAGUGGCCUGCAAAGUAUGCAAAGGGAGCUUUCAUAGUUAGGCUGUAAAGUUACAAAUGCCACACCUGUUUAGGAUUAGAACUUGGAUGUCUGCCUCGGUGACUGUAACCUCUGUGCAUGAGGCACCUAAUUUAACCGGUGCUCUCUGACUUCCAACUGUAUGGCUGUUUCGGCGAAGGUAUGAGGAUGUGAUCCAGGCCCUGAAAGAUGGUGAAGCCCAGCUGGUGGCACAACGUCAGGCCCACACAGAGCAGCUGCAGAAGACUGAGAAACACAUCAUCAAACUACAAGAGGAUAUGGAGGGUCAGGCAUCGCAGGCACGCCAAGUCCAGAGAGACCAGCAGGAGACCAUUGAGCUGAAAAACCAGAUGAUCCACAGGUGAGACAGAUGAGUGUGAAGUCUUCGGCUUUAGUGUAUUCAUGUUUUUGUGUACAGUGUGAACUAUAUUUAGCUGCUCAUUCAGUACCUGCUGACACCUGCAGCUGUGAAGUGUGACGUAUUUUUUCCUAGACAUCACACAGAGGUGGAACGACUCCGGACCUCCUGGGACGAGUAUGCUGCUCAAGUCUCGAGUGAGAUGGUCGUCAAAGACACUGAGAUAUUCGCUCUGAAGGAGAGAGAAACCAAACUGAGGACGGAGCUGGAGAGGAGCAGGGAAGAGAUGGAGGGGUGAGGACAAAAAGCAGGAAAAUAAGGGUGAAAAGGGAGGAAUAGAAAAGAGAAAAGAAAGAGCUAGAGAGGAAGAGACAGAUCAAAACUUAGGAUAUACUUUUACCCAAAUUGUUGUCUGUUAUCACCCUGAUGCUUUUUCAACAUCUGGAUCAGGUCUUUCAAUUACAGAUCAAAGUUUUAGCAUCAUCCCAAAUUCAAGAGGGUUUUUUUCCUUGAAAAAAUGUCUGAAAAAGUGGGAUAAACUUAUGUAACAUCAUCUUAUACAGUAUAUUAUUGACAGUUUCAGUUUACAAUAUCAGCUCUGAGGGUUGAAUAGUACAAUGUUGCAAUUUACUGUAAAAUCCACUCAGAAGUGAGACCGGCAAGGGAAAAAGUUAGUGUUUCUGCAACAUCAGAGUGUCAGUAGAUUCUUGAAAGAUGUUAGUAUUUUAUUUUAUUAAACAUUUCAUUUUUCAUUUAAAAGAUGUAAAAAAAAAUGUCUGCUUACUUAGUUUUGUUUGUGCGGCAGUUUUUUUUAUUGUUUUCAAUUAAAAGAAAAGAAAAAAAACAACCUAAGUCCUCAAGAAGUAUCUUUCAUAUAUUUCAUCCACCCCCCAAAAAAAGAUCUCAAAGGGGGUCUUAUAUGAUCAGGGUUGUCCUUAAUUGGGAUCAAUAUGAUAACCAAGAGGAAGAGGGAUAGAAAAAUAAGUUUCGUCCCUUUAGAGUAAUCGUUUAUGAAUUAGGAUUACGCAGUUAGAGGCAAAGUCUUUGUGAGUUUUUGUCCAUUGUUUUUAGCUUUAAUUCUGUCUUGUACCCUUGUGUCAGGUACAAGCAGCAGCUGAGUGCUGGUCUAAAGAGGGAGCAGGCGUUGGAGCAGAAGAGAGUCCAGUCGGAGCUGAACUGGCAGAGACGCUGUGAGGAUUUGAAGGCCGAACUCUACCUCGCAAACGAGCAACUGAUACAAGAUCUGACCCGGGCGAGAGACCAGGUCGGCUUUUCACACCCUCUUAGUGUGAAGAACUACUGUGGGUUUUUGAAAUGCAAAUGGUUCCCUCCUGUUUUUUUUUUUUUUUAACACUAUGGAUGUCUUGGAACUGAAAACCAAGGACACAAAGUCCAAGACAGAAAAGAUUGUUUGUCAUACAGAGAAGAUAGAUCAUUUCUUUUUUGUGAAUUAAUCUCCUUUUUUUGUGGUAACAAAAAAUAGAACAAGUGAUGUGUUUGAUAUGCUGCACUCAAGCCCAGGACAAUCAUGUUGAUAAUGAGACUGGCUUGUGCUCAUUUUUGUUUCUGUCAGGUCAAAGCAGAGCUAAUGGAGAAAGAACAGGAGCUGCAGGGCCUGACUGUCUUACUACGUUCCGUUAAAACAGAGAGAGACCAGGCUUUACAGGUGAGAGUACAAACACCUUAGUGAUCCUUAGUGCUUUAGACUCAAUAUACUCAGAGGGCAAUGGUUUUCUUUUAAUGUAGCACAAAGUUUUUAAACAAAUUUGCUCAAUAUUUUCACUCCUGUUCCAUUAGUAAAAAAUAAAAACAGUAAUAAAAACUAGAAAGGACAUUGAAGAAUUGAACAUAGAGCUUGUAGACUUGCUGCUGUGUUGUCCUCUUUGAGUCCAGUCUCCCAUGCAUUUCCCGUGUGCAAACAUCUGGUACUGCAUUAUCUGAUUUUAAAGAGGAAAUAGCCCAUUACAAAAGUAAGACCACUUAGUGCUCCAGCUCAUUGACAUUUAAGCCCAAGAUCAGGUGACCUCAAGUUGCUCAGAGUUUCUGAAAAGGAGUUCUGACUUAAGGGUGCAUGUGUUCCAGACUUCGUAUCAGAUGAGCAUCUCAGAAAGUCUGACUCCUGAGAUCUAAUAGAGCGCACCAUCAGUCGGUCAGUUUAAAAUGCCACAGAAGGACAUGAUGUUCAUGCGUGUCGUGUCCUCUUGAGUGAGUAGUGACUCUUUUUAGUGAGCCAGAUCAUUUGGCUCAGCUCACCAAGAACAGCCGGCUCUUUCGGCUCCCUCACGGCUCCUUAUUUUACCACUUAUACAUUUCCUAAUUCAGCCAAAUUUAGCAUUGUUUGGCUUAUGAUAUGUGCGUAUGUGUAUACAUACCUCUUAGAUAAUUCAAUACAUCCUUUGUACUGAAGUAUUCACAGGUAAAAAUUACAUUUUCUAAUAUCAGUAAAUUGCUGUAGCCAAUUGUUUUCAUUGCAUUUACAGACCCUUGUAAGCCUCUGAAACCACCCAAUGAAUGCACUGACUUGCUUAAAGAACCACUCUGCUACACAAAGCAGACAGAGAUCAAGUCAUUCUGCCUUGUACUUUUUUUUUUCUACGGCCUGUGGGGGGAAAAAAGAGAGAAAAAAAGAAAGAAAAGAAAACGUCUCACAGACAGGAGCCGGCUCCUAUCGUUCACGUUAAAGAGUCGGCUCUUUGAACCAGUUCGUUUGCGAACGACACAUCACUAUGAGCUAGCAGCAAUCACUAAAAGUGUUCUUUGACCUCUGUACAGAGAGGUGAAUUACAAUUAUUGACUGUGAUAUAGAUGUUCACCCUCUGUGCUGUGGAAUAAUGAUGAACAGUGAGGUUUCCUUGUAAAGAGGAACAAAUCCCAGCGUCUUGAAUGCACAGUUUACAUCAAAACUAUUGCCAUGUUAAAGUACGACAGAGUUUUUACAGCCCAUAUGAAAAGACAUUUUCCAAACCCUCAUUUUCAGUGACCGUAAAUUUUGUCAACAUGUGGAGGGGAGGUCAAAGCGCAAAGGAAAUUCUACUCUCUUUACAAACAUGGUUGCGGUCACUCUCCACUAGCACAUAGCCUGUGGCUCUAUGUGAAAGUCACUGCAUGAAAGAGAUUAUAUAUAGUGAGCAGGUGGUUAUGCAAAUCAAAAUCCUGAUGGGGUGAGCAGGGCCCAACCUGAAGCAGGGGGUCUUUUCUCAUCCUGAAGGCUUUUAAUGGGGAUGACAUUGUAAGUAGGUUGUCCCAUAACAAACUCAGAAGAAAAAAUUGGAACCAGCACAGACACGUGGAUAUAACCCUCUUUAGGAACAAUCAGAUUAUAAAGGAAAAUUACAAAUUUGAUGAAUUAAAUAUUUUGCAAUGUUCAGUCGCAACCUUACUUUGUAUCAGAGAAAUGAAACAUCACAAGAAAAUUCCACAAAACAUGAAAGCUGCUUAAUUUGAAGAAAAUGUCCUUAUUACACAUACUUUAUUUAAACAGUUUAAUAAAUGUUGUUAAAAGCAAAUUACAACAAUAUCUUGACAACUACUCAGCAGACAGCCAUGAAAUUACUUAUGUGUGUCCUGUGCAUCCCAAAGAGCAAGUUGGUCAUAGUUUUGGUGACAUUCAUAUUUGUGAGGCUUACAGUUCCACAUGAAUAGUAGAGGUAUCAAAUUCAAUCUGGCUGUUUGCCACAGGCUGAACAGAGGACAGACCUUUUCCAUUUUUAACACUUAUUGACCUUUUCCUCUUUCUCUGUCUAUAUGCCAACAGGUCACUUCUGUAGUUACAUGUUACAUGAGACACAUUAGACACAAUACAGCUGCUGUUUGUCCUCACCUUCCAACUUCUUCACAUCCCUCUGCUCUGUAUAUUUACCUAUCAUGAUAUUUAAACUCUCUGCUGCAGUGUCUUCCCUCUGGAACAAAUCCAGCUGUACUCCAGAACCUCAGUAGUAAGGAGAACAUGUAAAAUUAAAAUAUAAUAUAUUUAAAUGCUCUUUCUCGACCAAAAGAUGUGGAUUCAUUCAAGUAGAGAGAUUUUAAUGUAAAAGCAAAACUUAUACAUUACAUGUUAAUACCUCUUUACAUCACAUGGGCUUGCUAAAUAUGCAGUGUCCCUGAAUUCUUUGUAGAGUGCAUUUAGUGCCCUAUUUUUGGCCUUUGACCUUUUCCUCAAGCACCCUUAGAGGUAUGAUGGCCUUUCAGUCCAGCACACUGUCCUCCAAACAUACCACACUCUCUCAUGACGCAUGUGAAGGACGUUUGGCAACAAGUGCAAAUACCUGUAAAAAUGUCAAAACAAUUAGUGUGCCAUGUUUCAACUGCAGUCGUUAGACAGUUCAUAUGAAAACAGCAUUUUCUGUUAGUAGCCAGCAGGGGAUGACUCCAAUAUUUGUGAGACAAAGAGCAGGUUAGGCGGCAGGCAUGACUCCUUUGUGUCAAACAAGGGGUAAUUUAUGUGAUCUGAUAAUGUUUUUUUCUGCUUCUUUGGUUGAAUUUUUGUCGUCCUGUUUGAGAAAUAGAAUCUUUUUUAUGGAAUGUGUUAGUCUGUUGCUAAAGUUACAAUUACAAUGUAUUGCAAUAAUCUUGAAUAAUUAGAGUUUCCCAUUAAUAUAGUGAUAGUAAAUCACUUCACAAAUGACAGAUCACCUCUCCACCUCGGGCCAGUUGUGUAACUCAAGGUGGCGAAAUCCACACAUGCAAACUUGAGGUGUCAAGUUGGUAACAACCAUAGACCGUAUAUAGAAUGGAUGCCAGUUGCCUUCUCGCUGGGUAAUGCCACCGCGAGAACAGCACCCUCUGGUGACAGGCUACAGUAUAGGUCAUAAAUCCCGCCUCCUCCAGCAAUCCCUAUGGAGCUGUGGACAAACUUUAGAAUUAAUUAACCAGAAUACAAAUUUUUCUCCCCCCAGGUUAUGAUGUUGACAUGUAGUUACUGUAUGACUGGUUUGUAAUCAAGUCCUCUUGUUUCUGUACAGCUCAAUUUUUUUAAGUUAUUCGGGGGUUCAUGUUUUCUAUGAUUGACACCUGAUACAGCCUAUGGGAGUACAAAGAUUGCGUAGCUCACCCGGGGGAUACGCUGUUUGAGCCGAGUGUCAUUGCAGUGACUCUCUGCGACUCUCCCACCGAAUGCGUACAAUGCUACUGCGCAAUGUUGGUUUCAGGAAGUGGAAAAAAAACCCUGGAAAUACCGAGGCUUCAAAUCUGUAUACCGGCAGAAGGCAGAACCAAGUUGUCCAUAGUAUUUACAGUCUAUAGUAAAAAUAAAGCAAGCAAGUGAUGACCUCCUGGUGACUUGAACAAAUAACAGACAAAUGUCUUCAGCUUUGCAGAAGAAACACCCACAAUAUCAUGGACUACACACAAGGGAUUAUGACAGUGCAUUAUCAAAGUCAGUUUACUUCAUGAAUCUAAAAAAUAAAAACCACUAAAAAAAGGUCAUGAUUCAAAAAGUUAUAAUAUUAAAAAAGUUAUUUCGUAAACCAGAGUGGAAUAAAAAUUAAGGGAACUUGGAGUCAUUGGCAUCUCUAAAGUCAAUGAGGUUCAUAAUGAAGAAAACUGUUGCAUAGUUGAAAGUUACAAACCCUGGACAGUCGUGGGGUGUGUGAUAUUUUGGUUUGACGAAUUCAACUAAGUACAACCACAUCAUUUCUUUCUUUCAAACUCUACAUAACAAAUCUGAUUGUGCACCAGUAUAUUUUUUAAGGAAACUUUUUAAACAGUUUUUGUACACAGGACAUCCAAUCAUUCUCCUGACUACUUAGCCUCUCUAAAGCUGUGAGGUUAACUGGAGCCCAACUGCCAAGAGUCAGGGUGUGCACUUAAUAUGUCACCAGUCCAUCAUGGGGUUGGCACAAAGAGUUAGUACACUGGUAUUUACGUCAUACUAUAAUGAGGCACCAAUCAAACUCAAGUUCACACUGUGUGAUAAAACUGAAGAACCCAGAGAGAAACCAGGCACGGGGGAAACAUGCAUGGCAUAGUUUUAACUUUAAAGCCUCCCAUAAUAAGAUCUGAAAGUUUUAUACUGUUAGAUUCUACCAUGGAGCAAUAACCAGGUUGAUUUACUCUGGACAUGUAAUGUAUGCUCUUUAACAUAACAUACCCCAGGCCCUGGAAACACUCCUGUAAAUGCCAAGCUGGUUGCAUCACCAUGGCAGGACUGGCUUAAGCAUGUGAACCUUUGUUCUCUGUCUCAGUUGCUGGUAUUUGUGACUGUGAAGAACUUUAAUCUUAUUUCAGAUCCAUAAAUUAGUCCAUCAAUAUGAAUUAGUCAGUAAUACUUCCUGCAAAGUAUUUCAUCUGGCUGGAGGAAUUAAAGACAUUUCGCAUAGAUUCUCAGACACUGGGUUCAACCCAGCCAUCCAUAGGGGGGAUACACAAGGUAUCUCCUGCUGCUGUACAGUUCCAUCAGUUUGUCAAUGAAGUCUGAUGUAGGUCUGCAAAAAGAGGACACAAACAUUUAACGCUGCUCAGGUAUAACAUGAUUCUUGGUUUUCUCCCACAGGGCCUCACACCAAAGGUAGAUUAUCUGGCAUCAGAGGAGAUCCACCGGCUUCAGGAGCAGAACAGCGUCCUGAGGGCUGUGGUUAACCAGAUGAGGAAGGACAUGGAGGGCCUCAGCCAGCUCCCUCUGCAUCCCCAGGCCCAGCCAGAGACCUCCCCUCCUCAGCCAGCUCAGCAUCCCACAACCUCUGAGAACACUCAGCAAGCCAAUUUACCACCAACCAAGUCCAUUGACAUGUCCACAAAGGUCACCCCAGCAGGUAUGGACAGCACUCUUUUACACAAACUACCUGAUCAUCCCUCAAUAUGUAAGGGAUAAUGUAUAGUAAGGGAGUAGUUACAUUAAAUAGAAUCCUGAUAGCAUGAGACAAGACCCAGACACUUAGCAGGGUUGACAAUCUUGUAUAGUGGCCAUGAAGCUUGUUAUAAUAAUGUUAUAAUAAUUGUUAUAAUAAUAAUAAUAAUAAUGUUAUAAUUUAAUAUAAACAACUUAAGUAAAGAUAAUCUCUCCAGUUAGACACUCAACUGGCUACUUGAGAGAGGAAUUAACAUCAAACUUCAUAUUUCCACUCACAUUAAAGUCUCAGUGUUAUCCUGCUAAACUGACAUAAAUCUCUAUAACCUCAAUAUUUUUAUUCACACCAAAGUCCAAACAACAUUCACCUUUACAGACGCAGACAAAAACAGUAGCGCCUGUUUUUGGUCCCUUUUUCUGUAACUUUUCUCUUGGGGUUUUCUUAUUCCACCAGCCCUGUAACACUGUCAAAGCUCAUACCAUGUUGUGGUUUGUGUUUGCUUCAUGUCGUCAUGUUUUCUUCAGUUUGGUUGAUUUCUCUUGCACUCAGCUCCUUAUGAGUUAUAAUGCCUCUGACUAAUUUCAGUGCUGCUUUUAUUCUCUUGUUUUCUUUUUUUGCCAUUAACCACCAAUGUUAAGUUUGUACCCUUAGAAUAAACUGAGAGUGAUGCUAUUGCAAACUAACGUUUGCCACAUUGUCAACAGAAAGAUUAAAAAAAUGAACUUUUAAAAUGUGCGGGACUCUUUUGCAGGGAUUGAUAUGAGUGGGUGUGUGUGAUCAGGUUGUCCUUUGCGCUGCUCUUGCUAAUUAGAACUAAUUACUGCAGUCACAGGUUUUUGACCAGUCAGAAUCAGAUAUUCAAUACACUUGGCUGAAUAGUAAGAAAUACAGGGAAUGACUGGGAGUAAACCAAUACUGAGAACUACAAACACCACAGGAAGCUAUGCUUACAUUUUAUUUUUUGUGCUGUAAAAACUGAUUUUAAGUCUUUACUAGUUUACUAGUUUUUCCUGGGCACAGAGCUGUCUAGAUAUUGACUUUGUAUGAAAAGUACAUAUUUCUUUUGAAUUUGGUUAAACCAGGACUCUUCAAACUAAACAUACGACUGACAAAGUAAGGGGAAUGCCUCUACUUGUUGCUUCUAUACCUAAUUAUAAGAAUAAUGACAUAAAUGGGGGGAAAAUGGCUGAACAAUACAGACUUCUGAUGAUCAUAUUUGUGAAAAUUCACCCAGGCUACACUGAAGCUCUGGAGCAAGAGGUGUCCCUACUAAAGGCUCAGUGCAGGCACCUCAAGGAGCAGCUAGAAGGCACUGCAGGACAGCCCAGCACUGCUCCAGCUGUAGACAGACCUACACGGCACCUGCAGCCAGGGGGCUCAGAGAAUAUACAAAGACAACAACAGGCACUCGAACAAGGUAUCCUUUUAAUGCAUUUUUUUCUGAAGCUAAAAGUUUCGAGAGCUGUAGCAACUCUACCACCUUAACAUAGCAAUAGUUAAACACUGAACUGACAGGAUUAUUAGGGAUCAUGUUCUGUCACAGAAUGAUUUAUUCUCUAACUGAUAGUAUCAGCUUCAUUAAUCUACUUUUACUGGUUUAGCUCAGGGGUUAAAUGAUGCAACCUUAGAGAGACUGAAGUCUUCUUAAUCCUCUUUUUUCAUUUUCACCUUUUUCACACCCUUUGAAUAUUAACCUUAAUGUUAUAGGACCCAAAAUGAGCAAAAGUAGUGGAUGAAUGCAUGAAAGUGUAAAUAAAAUCCUCAUCUCUCAGCAGUUGUUUGUACAGAUGAUCAAUAAGGUGCAUUUCGUGUUGACUUUCCUUUACUUUCUUGUGCUUGUUUUGGAUCCUCAGGAGGCAGGUGUCUGGAGAAAUGUGCCAACACCUGUGCUUUGGAGCAGCAGAGUGUCAGAGUGUCUAACAGGGAGUCUGCUCUCAUCAGCAUCAUGGAACAGGUACAGAAAGAAGUCUGUGAUCCUGCCAGUAACAUCUAGGUGGCUGCCUGGAUCUACUCUAAGGAGUUAAAACCUCUGAUCUCUGUUGUUCAAACUUAUGAUUGUCAAACAAUUAAAACCAUUUGCAUAGAAGUAUCAAAAUUGAGCAUGAUGAAAUUUGAUAUUUAAGAAAUGUGAUCCAAAACACUGGUCCAGCUGGUCUCCUGCUGAGGUCAGACAAUUUCUCUGUUUCUCACUGACACUGUGGCAGAUUAGGUAACCAAAAUACCCUAAAAUCAUACUGUGAAUUGUGCAAGACCAGAGACCACAAUCGGUGUGAUGUCACAGACAGGGCUAGAAGACUCCCUGAAUAGCUAACAGCACUUACUCACCAGGUUGCUGACGUGUGUCUGCAAUUUCUCGCUAACAUUUCUCUUUAUUCAGGGUGUCACCGUUGUUGCUCAACAGAAUAUAUUCAAAGCGGGAAUGUUGAGAAACUCUCGCUUUAAGAAAUACUGUUUCCUUUGGCGUAGCUUUGAAGCCACACCAAAAAUUUAGCUUUGAAUUCCCUUUUAGGGAUCGAAAUAGUUCUUCUUCUGCUCUAAGGAUGUAAACUUAAACUAGUGGCAGCAAAAGCAACCUGCUCUGAAGGUUACUGCUCCAGUGAAACAAAUUAUCUUGAAGUCAGUAAAUCUGAGCAAAGAUGGACAUACUCUCCAAUAAUUCAUCUUUGCAUUAAAGGCUCUAACAGAGGUGUCUCUCACACUAGUAUAGUUUUUGGAACAAAUUGAGUGUAGCCUUCAGACAGGCCAUGAAGUCAAGCUCAGCUCACAGUAUAUCAGUUGAUUCUAACCCCUGCCUUCAUCAGCUGACAGCUCAGCUGAUUACCUUUUACUCGUAUAAUUUGUGACUGUCAAAACAGGGCUCCCGUUUAAAUUGAUUUAGUCUGCCUACUCUUUGUGCAGCCUCUGUAGACCCACUUUGACCUCAGCUCUCCCUUUAUGCUGCUCUACCUGCCUUGGCUUCUUACAUAUGCACAUAAAAUAGAAAGAAGGUGUGCAGGGAGCUCUCAAAUAGUCUUACCUAAUACAUACAAAUGACUAUCACUUGAAUUAUUAUUUUUUUUAUUGGACAAAAGUGGUGCUGAACUCUAGUUCUCAUUUAUUGUAUCUUAGUAUUGUGUCACAUUGUCUUACAAAAUUGGCCAGUUGUUAUAAGGUCAUCUCUGUGUGCAGUAUCCAGAUCCGUCUCCUUCCUUAUCUCCCUCCCAGAGUGCUCUGGUACAAAAGCUCCAAGAGGAGAACCUGCGUUUGCGUCAGCAGCAGCAGCAGCAGACCUCAGCUCUCAUAUCUGGUGGUUUAUUUGAUAAAAGCGACCGUGAUCGCUUACACAGCAGGCUGAAGCAGGCAGCGCUGUGUAUCACCCGUCUGAGCAUGGAGAAACAGCAGCUGAUUAAGAUGGGCAACCGCCUCCGUGCCCAGAUCGCCACAGCUGGACUGCAGGGUAUAAUAACAGACCUACUCACCGCCACACAUAUACAUAAUUUAGUACCUCAUAAUGAAUUUAAUAUCUGUUGAGUUUAUGGGCUUUUUAUCAGCAGCAGCAGCAGCACUGUUUAUUGGACAUUUAGGAUUUGUGGCCUGAAGAUUACCUAGUUGCUGAUUAAACCAGACCUUAUUCUUAUUUAUUAAAUUACCCAACAUUAAUUUUUAAAGAGCAAGGAUGGUAGGAAUGACAAUCACUGAAAUGGAAACUUUAUUUUUAAUAGAAUCAGCCGAGCCAGAGAAAGAGUCCUUUCCAAAGGCUCAAGAAGACCAACAUGACCGACUGUCUACUCUGGAACAGCUUCAGUACCAGCUCACGACACAGGUAUCUGCUUCAUCACUUCAAAUCGAUGUUUAUUAUCCAGUACACUGUUUUAUAACCUGAUCUUUCUGUUGAUUCAGCAUGUCCUUUAUAUAUAGAAGCUCUUCAGAUGAAUCAAAACAGUUCACUACAGCUACCUCUGGAUUCCUUUCACUGACAUGCAACUUGUGUGAAUUUGAAACUAUUGUUUGCCUUAAAAUGUCAGUCAUCAAAACCUACAUCUCAUUCAUGUUUAUAUUGUAGACUUUCACAAACAAUGAGUCCCUUACUCAAGAUUUAAUUCAAGUUCUCCACUAUUUUCUUGAAUGAAAGUUUAAUGUGUUGUCAUUGCAAUAAUUGCUAAUAAUUCAUAACAGCUAAUUUUUUAGGACCUGAGCAUGGAUCCUGUUGACACCCUUAGGAUAAUCCUUUAUGUCUUUUGCACAAAGUAUUGCUUAUUUGGCUAUUUUAACAUGCCCCAAAAUACACUAGAAUUCAAACAUGAAUCAAGCCUGGUGAAAAAUUUGAUAUCAUGUGUUUCGCGAAAGUGGGUCCAGCUUACAAGCCAAGACCUACAAAAAAGUCUGUCAUGGUCAUCAUGAUGAAAUUUUAACAGGAAGACAAAAAAGUUCUGUCAAAUGUCAAAUUUGAGAAACUUUCAUCCUGUCAUUCUCAAAGAGAAUCAGUCUUUUGUACCAAAGAUAAAAACUUCUCAUCCAUGAUAAGUGCCCCAGCCCUAAUCACACACAAAUGCUCAUAUUUAUAGCCCCUCCUGCCAACAAGAAAUUGCAUGAUUAACUCUGUGGUGUAGAUCACCUUCUCUGUUUGAUAUAAACACUUCAAAUGUUGUUCAAAAGGGCUUUCACACCUUAAAGGUGUGUCUGUGGCGGUGCAUCAGAUUUCAAGCUGUCACCAUGAAACAGGAAGUUAUUGUAAAUCCUUGAGACAGCCUUCAAUCUGAUGUCAGCGCUGUCAAAGUCAAAGCUCCACCAGAGGGCGCUGUAGCUUUACUUUUUGUGUUUUUGCCUUCAGGAGUUACAGUACGCACUUAGGCAGAGAGAUCUCUCUGCUCCUGGACAACAAGUUCCUGAAACGAAAUGCAAAGAUUCUACAUUAAAGGGGGCUGCCAACCCGUGGACUCAGGGACAUAAAAGCCCAGACAAGCCUGAGGUAACACAAGAGUCCUAAACCCUCCAUGAAUUUGAAAGCUUUAUCCGCUUGGUUCUCUCCUCAUGUAUAAGAAUGCAUUUCUCAGAGUGGUGUCUUUUUGAUUUUGACUGUUAAAGUAAGUAAAACCUGUUCAAAUGAGCUCACUCUUCUGCUGCAGCCUCUUUUAGGUCCAUCAAGGUCACUGUUGUCAUCAGAGGAGUCACUGCGGUCACUAAAGGAGCUGUGGAAAAAACUAGACCAGGGGCUUAGUCCAUCUACUUUCUCAGAAGGUAAGCACGCCAAAAAAUAACACUUUCACUUGUUUACUCUAUUUGACAGCUUUUAUUCAAUCACUGUUAAUUUGAGACUUUAAUACCCUUCAAUGAAAGGUGUGCACAUGGUAAAGAAACCCAUCCCACAGAGCCCCUGUACAAAUUCUGUGGCUGUUAGUGUCUCUCAAAACCCAGAUAUGAAGGUAGGUGAGAAUCGAUGCAAGAACAUCACCGCCAGGGUUAUAAAGUGGGCAUAUCCAUUCACUAGUGUUUUGUCAGAUUAGGCCUGAGACAUUUCAAAGAAGCUAAACAGAUAAAUUUGGCAACUCAGAACACCAGCAAUCCACACUAACUUUCACCUUUGACAAUACCCACACUAAAAAAAGAAACAAAAAGAACACAAAUAAAGCAAAGUCUGGAGAGGACAGAGAUGUAGAGCCGUGUUUGGACUAGAGUGCCCCCCCUUCAGGCUAGUGUGUAUGCUACUGAAACUAAUAAUUCAUUUCAAGUUGUACUUUUUUUGAAUUUGUCUUUUGUUAAAUUUGGGUCUUUGCUUAGUUAAAUGACACAGUUUCUUUACUAACACUUUGUGCAGGACUGAAAUCACAAAAAAACUUUUUGCUUUACUGGUCAAGUAUUGGAGAUCAGAAUUCUGGUCUUGUAAUAACUCAAAUAUUUAAGGGCCUGAUUUACUAAAGGUUUGCAUGAGUAAAACUGUGUGCAAACUUAAUAUCACCCACCAAAAAGAGCACAAGCUGAUCUCUUAAUGAUGCACGCUGAGGAUUGCCUCUAUCAGAUGUGCAAGAUAACAUGCUUUGUACAUUUGAACCAAUGCAAUAUGUGGUGCUUCUAACCUAGUGUGAAAAAUACUAGAGAGGAAAAUGCAAGGACUUUAACUGAGCAAACGCUUUUCAAUUUACUAGGUCUGAAAGUAAUUUUGCUGACUGUGACUGUGUCUGAAUGUGAUACCUGUGGAAAAAAGAUGCUAAUCCAGGUUCCCAGUGUUGCGCACAGAUGGCUGCUGUUCUUCUGGCAAGGAGGAGAUGUGAUUACAGACACAACACAAACAAGAGUGAACAUUCACAGCCACUGUAGCCUAAAGAAAAUUCAAAAUGUAGAGUAAAAAGGCAUGUAUGUCUUUAAAAUCUGUUGUCUGACCGCUUUUUGUGUCACCGUUACAUAAACCAGUCAAACCGCAAAACUAUAAUUUAAACCACCGCCUCUAAAAUCUUUACAUCUGAUGUUACUGACGCAGCAAUUCUUGGAUAAUCACUCAUAAAACACUCCUACACAUACAAAGUGUGCAAAUUGUGAGGCAUGUUCACUCUGUUUAGUACUUGUAAAUGUGGAAAUCUAGUCAUUCAGUCUAAUUAUUUUAAUGCAGCUAAAGGAAGUACGAUGUUUGUGGACAUAAAUGGAUGAAAAUAAAACUCAGUAUGUGUGGACAAGUAGUUUAAAAUACGUUCACUGUGCACAAGAAUCAAAAUGGUCCCACAAAGCACUACUCACUUAUUAUACAAGUGCAGUCAUUAAACAAAAAGACAGACAUGAAACAGGGAGAAAAAGUGGUGUGACAUGUAACAGAUGUUCAGUGUCAUACCCCGGGGCUUUUGACAGCCGCUUGUAUACGCUAUCUGCACAGGAUCAAAAAGAGCACUUACACCUCCUGAAGAACAUGAAUUCAACGUGUGUGCGCGGGCUUGUGUAAACAGAAAUUUAAGAAGUAUGUCAGCAAUAAAUAUUUCAUCAAACUAGCGGGCAAAGUCUUCUGUUUCAAGUACAGCAGGUCACAGAAAAUACACAACCUUUCUCUCUCUCUGCGGCAUGAUCAGCAGCUGCAGUGGUGAGAUCACAAUUGAUCAAAGAAAGUUGUUGCCCAAGUUGUAAUGUUAUCACUGUUUGCUGUCUAGGGAGCAAUUUCUCAAUCAGAGAAAUCAGACUGAAACGCCGUGAUCAGCAUCUUUUACCAUCAUGUAAUAAUUGUGAAAUCGGGCGUAUGAAGCAGAACUGUAAUGAUUGGUCACAGAGUUUACAGUGGCAACUAAGAGCUGGUGAAGAUACAGUUACAAUCAGAACAAGCCAGUCUGUAUGCAUAAAUCAGUUUGCAUCAAGUUCUACGCAGGGACUUUAGCUUCUUUAGUUUCUUUCACUCGAUUACAAUCACAGCACCUUGGAUGCUUCUCUCCCAGCUCUUAAAACAAAAGUUUUAACCCUGAGCCCCCUCAUUCCUCAAGGCCAUUGCACCAAAAUUUCCCUACUGCAGCCUUCAUUUGCAUCUUAGAGAAGACCACAUUUACUACAUGCUUUGGUUGGACCCCGAAGCCCUUAACAUCAGCCCAGGCUUGUCAAGAGUGGCUAAGGGGGUGUUAGUUUGAAACUUAUGUCACAAAAACUGUACUUACUGUGUCCAGUACAAAGAGAUUACAUAAGAUACAGAAUUAGCCUUCUGGUUGUUUGAGUGAUGCUUAUGAAAGUGAAGCUAGACAGGUUAAUAGAGCAUGUUCAAAAGUAUAGGGGUGGAUUUUAAAUGAGCAAGCAACUGAACUACAGUAACCUCCAAGGUCAACUACGCACACAUUUUAUGCAAAAAAAAAAAAAAAAAAAUUAACAAAGCAUCUGAAUGUUUCUGCAAACACAAAUUUAUUUCCCCCAGUGCUAAAGAAAGACCUCUUCAAAUGCAAAAAAAAAAAGUUUCAUGAAACACCAAAAUGUUUUGCAAAAUGGAAAAAGGUGCAUUUGUGUGAGAGAUUUAAGCAAGAAUAUUAUUGUUGGAAUAUUUGCAUUAGAAGUUUAAUAGUAGUGUUUUCUUUUGUGAAAUUAGUGAUUUUGGACGUGGAUAUGUGUGCUGUAAAUGUUGUUCUAACAGUUGAAAUAGGCAAGUUUAAUGGGAAAUAGAGGACUAAAAUGUUACUCACAGGCCAUGCAGCCUCAACACUUCCUCCUGUGCAUAUGCAUAUAAUUGUCUAUAAAUUGUGGCAUUCCUUUUCAAUGGAAAAAAAAAAUGCAAACAGUAAGUAAAAAAACUAUAUUUUGCAAAAAGCUUUAAUGUUGUGUGAAACUGAAAAUAUUUUUUGACAUUUGUGAUUUUUUUUUUAUUUUGUAUCUUAUGAAAUAUUUAUGCUUUGGCUUUGUCAGAUUUUUUGUUUUGAUUAAAUAUUUCAUGAUUAUGUCUGCUUUUUCAGAAAAUAGUUUUAAAUGUCAUUGAAUCUUUUGGCAGUGAAUGAUUUUUGCAUGUCAUGAAAGCUUUCUAGGUUAUACAAAAUUUCGUUGUCUAUUAUGAAACAUUUUUGUUCUUUAGAUAAGAUAAAACAUUGAUGGAACAUGUUUGACAGUAGGUGACAUGUAAUUUGUGGUCUUGAGAUAUUUGUGCAGUUAUGAUCUUCAGGGCCAUUGUACUAAAUUUCACACAAAAAUAAUGUAUGGAUUUCAAGGUAAAUAGACCCAUCUCCUCUAUAGUAUCAUGUAGUGUGUGGUUGUUUGUAUAUCUGCAGAGAUUUUGCUGUCUCCUUCCUCCAUAUUUUCUGAUAAAAACAUAAAAGGACCAGGUGGAAUUGCAGUCUCUGUCUAACACUCUCAGCUCAUUGUUUAAAGAUGCAGGUAUUUGCUGACCUGUGGAUCAGAACAGUUUGCAUUGUGUUAAAGAUUUGAGUUAUCUUCAGGUGUUAUGGAGAGCAGAGCAGAGACACAUACCCUAUGUAGGCAGUAGUAGACAACAAAAUCUACCACCUUCACAUUUUAACCAGAGUUGUGGUUUUGUAAAUUAAUCGAUUAGGAUGUGAUCACUGUGAACAACAAUUUUAUUUUCCUGUUUUACUCCUUUAUUUAUCUAUAUCACACGCUCUCUCCUUUCUCACUCUGUCAGUAAAACCAUUACUGCUCUCUCUGUUUUGCUUGCAGCAGCUUUAUGUUGAAACUGUAUGUAGAUCUGUUUUGUAACCCUCAGUGCUUUCAUUGUUGUUACGCACUUAAAAAUUCAACAACCUUACAGGCUGAUCAUGAGAUUAGAUGUUGCAACCAUGAUGUUUGCUGUAAGUACAUGUUACAGUGUUCUGAAGUCUAAAGUUAAGCAGUUUGGCCUCUGCAAACUUAGAUUUUGAAAGUGAGCAUCUGUUAAAAUGAAGGGUGAGUUUAAAAUGGGUCUGUAGAAACUUAUAUUAAAUGUAAGCUAAUCGUACUAAGUUUUCUUAUUUGGAUCUGAAGGUGACCUGAGCAGGCAUGAAGCAGCUGAUGGUGAUGGUGGUGCUGGAGUCCAAAUGACCAUGCAGGGUGUCAGCGCUCCCAUCCAUAACCUGCCAAUAGCCGACGGCAAGCAAAUGAGGAAUACCUCAACAACUACUUCAAACGCCAGCAAGACCAGACGAAGACCUGGAGCCCCUGGAGGGACAAGCAAGAUCAGGAAUUACAAUAUCAAAGACUGAACCAUGCACAUACUGGACAAUCCAUUGAUAUCCAUUUAAAUAUUUGGUGUUCACAAUCAAGCAGUUUUGUCAAAUCUUUAAAAAUUAAUGUAUUGCUGUUUUAGGCUGCCGUUUAUGUGUACACAGGAAAUUUGACAAAUCAGUUAAGAUUGACUGCUACCUAAUCAAACAGUUACUGAAAUGACAAGAGAUAGAAAAAUUCAUAGUAUUAGUGGGCUCUGAGUCUUUUGGAGGUCGCUUCAUGCAGACACUUAAAUUUUUCAACACCUGAGGUCACCAUUGGGUCAGCCCAGAUCUCUUUGUCUUUUCUUUUUCACUGAUCUCUUUAGUUUCCCAUCCCAAGAAGAUAAAAAAUAUACUUAGAUAUAAUAAAUCUUAUCACCAAGUUGCCGAUUUUUUUUUUUAUAACUGCUAAUAUCCAUGCACAAACAGAAAUCUAAAAUAUGAAGUGAUGCUCACAUGAAGUGUUUUUACUUUUGUUAACAAUUUUGUAAAUAAAAUGUUGUUUUGCCCCUUAAACAUGCCUGAUUGUCUCAGAAAUGUGACUGCUAAUUCUAAUUCUGCACAUUAACAGGCCAUGAAAGGAGCAAACUAUGACAUGUUAAUCUUCAAUGUUUCUUGUCCUCUGAAUUAAAGAGUUUGGAAACAUCAACAUUAAAAAUGUAGGGUUCUUAGUGUCUGGCUGUAGAUGAGAGGGUCACUGUGUGCUUUUAAACCCUGUUAUCUGUGCUGCUGCUGCUGUUACAGGUCUUCCCGACCUAAAUUAUGAACUCCAGUAACCCCAAGAAGUCAGACGAGCUUUCCUGUUACGUCAUCUUCUCAGCCCCGCCUCUUAAUCACCCUAUCCCCAAACAGCGCGCUCUCCUCUG